AUGGAACUCCGCCGAGCAGCGAGUGGGCUACUCCUACUGGUGCUUCUAGUGGCACUGGCACACUCCAGCUUGUGGCCCGACCAGCAUCCCAUGGAGGAGCUUCUGGCCACGCGGAUCUCUGGGACGCUGCAGAAGAUCUUUACGAAUGCCUUUGCCGCCCACAACAUCAGCGUCUUCAUCAGCACCGCCUACAAGCAGAUGGCCAGGGAUCGGGUGCAGCUGGUACAGCGGGUCCUGGACCGCAGCCUGGGUCACCGGCAGUCGGCUGUGCCCAUUGUGCUGGCUUCCCGUCUGUCCGAAAGGCUUAGCAGCCAGGUCUUAGUCCAAUUGCUGUUCGUUGAGUGCCCCGAGGAGGUUAUAGCAAUUGCAUCCGACUUGGAGAAUAACGGCCUGUACCUGAUUGUGUGGCUGACAACUUUCCCGGAGUCAAAGCAAGCACCUGUGAUGUCCCGGAUAUUCGCGUACUUUUUGCUGGAACGCUACAACAUCAAUGUGCUGAUCCUGGUGCCGAGUUUCUACGCUGUCCGGGCCUACAAUGCUCGGCCGUACACGCCCACGGAUUGCAUGAGCCUGGUGCCGGUGAGGAUCGAGCUAAAGGAUGCCGGGAUAUGGGAUAUCUUUCCGCCCCGCCUGAAGAACCUCUACGGGUGUCCCUUGAGCGUGAUCGUGUGGGACAUACCGCCCUACAUGACGGUGCACUGGGAGAAGAGCGAACCGGCUGAGCAACUGGAGGGACUGGACGGGCUGCUGCUGCAGAUCGUGGCCGCCAAGAUGAACUUCACUAUGCGACUGAUACGGAACGAGCCGGAGGGUCUGAUCGGGGGCUCCAGCUACGUGAACGGCACCCUCACCGGCGCCUAUCAGAUGCUUCGCGAACGGAGGGCCAACUUCACGUUAGGUUGUGCCGCCUGCACGCCGGAGAGAUCCACCUACCUGGCCGCCACCGGUCCCUACAGCCAGAUGGCCUACGUGAUCGUGAUGCGUCCGCGCAGCGGCUACAGCAUCUACGAGGUGAUGCUCUUCCCCUUUAACGGCUAUGCCUGGCUGCUCCUGGCUUUCGUUUCCAGCUUUCACUGGCUCCUGGGCAGCCACUGGCGUCUGCCAUCGCCCGCUCUGGCGGGCUGGAUGCUCUGGAUCUUUGUGAUCCGGGCCAGCUACGAGGCGUCCGUGUUCAAUUUUAUACACAAUUCGCCGGUGAAGCCGCUGCCGCAGACCUUCGAGCAGACGCUGGCGGCGGGUUUCCAUUUCAUCACGGAUCAUGCCACCUAUCGGAUGACCCUCAAGCUCCCCGCCUUUGAGGGCAGGACCAGCAUCUCGCCGGGACAGCCGGUGGAUGUGUUCGAUGCCCUGCUUAGGGAGCCCGGCAGGGCCGGCGCCUUUACCAGUCGCGUCUUCUUGGCCCAGCACCUAACACGGCACCGGAACCACCGCCACCGGCUGGUGAUUCUCGCCGAGAAGAUGCUGGACAACAUGCUAUGUGUCUACUUCCCGCCCGGCUCCUACUUUGCCUUGGAGUUCAAUGAGAUUCUGUUCAACAUGCGCAGCUUCGGUCUCUUCCAGCAUCAUUCGCAGCGGCUGGACUGGGGCAGCAUGCCCACCACCUCGGACUCGUUGGGGAGGUCAGCAAAUCCUCGCUCCUCCUCCUCCUCCUCCUGCGAGAGUGCGGUCAAGGGACGUGCCGAGUCCAUGGGCUUCGUCCUGGCCGCCUUCAACUGCCUAAUGGCAUCUUUUAGCAUCUCCCUGGCGGUGCUCGGCCUGGAAUUGCUAAGUCAGAGGCGGCCAAGCUGGCGUAGAUUGGCCUGGCUAAUGGAGAGGCUGUGA